GCCGCUGUGGCACAGGGACGGUGCAGCAGCAGCAGUGGCAGUAUGUUCGACCUGAACGAGUCGUGCUGGUCUGGGAACGGUUCGGUGGGCGUCCUGACGUGUCUGGCGCUGGUCUGGGAGAACUGGGCGGCUCAGGGCGACCUCCAGGACUACCUGAGCUUCCUGGAGUACCUGCUGUGGGUGUUCACGCCGCUGGUCAUCGUCUUCAUCCUGCCCUUCAUCAUCGUCAUCCUCCUGUACCUGUCCAUCCUCUUCCUCCAUGUGUACAAACGCAAGAACCAGCUGAGGGAGGCGUACUCCAACAACCUGUGGGACGGGGCGCGCAAGACCCUGGCCAUGCUGUGGGACGGACACGGAGCCAUAUGGCACGGUUACGAGAUCCACGGUUUGGAGAAGAUCCCAGACGAAGGUCCCGCCCUCAUAGUCUACUAUCACGGAGCCAUUCCCAUCGACUACUACUACUUCCUGGCGUGCGUCAUCAUUCAGAAAGGCCGCGUCUGUCACUCGGUGGCCGAUCACUUCUUGUUCAAGAUCCCAGGGUUCAAGCUUCUGCUGGAGGUGUUCAGCGUGAUCCACGGGCCGCAGGAGGAGUGCGUGAGGGCGCUACGCAGCGGGCACCUGCUGGGCAUCUCGCCCGGGGGCGUCCGGGAGGCCCUGUUCAGCGACGAGACGUACCCGCUGCUGUGGGGGAAACGCAAGGGGUUCGCGCAGGUGGCCAUCGAUUCCAAAGUGCCAAUCAUUCCCAUGUUUACCCAAAACAUCAGAGAGGGGUUCCGCUCCCUGGGAAAUCUGAGAUUUUACAGGUGGGUUUACGAGAGGUUCCGUUUGCCGAUCGCGCCCGUCUACGGGGGGUUUCCCGUCAAAUUCCGCACCUACCUGGGCGACCCCAUCCCGUACGACCCGGGGCUCACGGCGUCCGAGCUGGCGGACAAGGUACAAGUGGCAGUCCAAGCACUCAUCGACCGGCACCAGAAAGUGCCAGGCAGCAUCCUGCGGGCGCUCCUGGAGCGGUUCUACACGCGCCCCAAAAACGAAUGACUCUGAACUGGAAGUGUUACUGCGGUAAAAUCCCUGACGUGUAAAAUUCUGGUGUUUCUGAUGUUCGGGGCGUGGACUGUCCACCCUAAACAGUGGUAUUUAAUAUAGGUGUGUGUCCGUGUUGUGUGUGGCGCGCGGGUCACAACACGGUGUUUCGUUUUUUUUAAUCCGU